AUGCCGCCUGUCCAUCACGGCCAGUGGUCUUUCGACGGGGACACUUUCUACGUCACUUCCUCAUGCGGUCAUGUCCACCCACGCGCAACAUAUUUCGAGCUGGAUGACAUUUUCAGUACACCAUUAGGCGACAGAAGAAACGGAGCCGACCACGAGGACCACUGGUACGAAGCACAGCUUCUCCACUUUGGACUACCACCGACGAAAAGCAAAGCUACAGCCAAGAUGAGGUUGAUGGAUGCCUUUCAGGAUGGAACACUAGACGUUCCGGAGGAAAUACUCGAAAUGGAGCACAAACUGACAAGGAACUGGAUUAAACAAGACUUGGAGGCCCGUGUGAUGGGUCCUUCGAUGCAACCUCCAGUCGAUCCUGACAUCGCAAGAGCUACGGCAACUGACGCGAUUGAACUUGGCGCCACCCGGAGACCGUCGGGUGAUGAGGAGGGAAAGGUAUUCAGUGCAGGCUUCGCUGGAGGAACCGGUAUGCAAGGCAACAGGCCAUCCCAACGAAGCAAGGUCCAACCACCCCACGCUCACACAAAGAGAAGAAAAUGCAAUUCCGGAGAGCAAUCGACGCGCCCUAUGAAGGCUCCCAGAUGUCGCAGCGAAACUGGUGGACCCGAUUUGCAACAGAUCCAGGUCAACACGAACGAUGAGACCUUCCACCAGAGAUCAACAGGUAUUCCAGUAUCAGUGGGAAACGGACGCGGACGCCCUGCUCCGGACAGAGAAUUGCGGCCGGUUGGAUAUCAGACAGUACCCCUAUCGCAUCGCACUACCUAUGGAACGGUGAGAUGUCUUUCCGUGUACAAUAAACGCAGUAUAACCGUCUCUGACCAGAAUACACAGAGCACCCAACUACCUCCGACCGGGCUAAUGGACACGGACGGUGCGAGUGACUAUCAUGGGUACAGCUACAAGCCCACGACUGACUCGGACCAACCUUCUCUACCUCGAGGCUGGAUGGAGUUUCAAGAACAGAGAUUCAGUGGCGAAGGUAUGAGUGGAUUUCGGAAUUUGGAUUAG